CUUCCCACUUCAACAAUGCUCGACAAACUUGUCGGCCUCGCCAUGCUCGUGGCCGCCUCGGUAGUCUUUCUCUACUACACCAUUUGGACACUUUUGAUUCCCUUCGUCGACUCAGACCACCCCCUGCAAAACUUCUUCCCUCCCCGCGUGUGGGCGAUUCGCAUUCCCGUCAUCCUGAUCCUCCUCGGUUCGGCCGUCGUCGGCUCCUUCCUCAGCGUCGUCAUGAUCCGCAGCAACAGGAAGAAGGCGGCCAAAGCCAAAGCCGCGGCCAAGAAGAAGGCGUGAUUGCAUGAUGGCCAUCUCCCGUUGUUGUUUGGUUGGACUCGAUAUGGCGUAGGUCUGUUAAUCUGGGUGAUAUGGAGACGGGGGAGGGUUGUUAUAUCAUAAUCUAGACCAAAAAGCGGGUGGGUAGGUUACUUCUCCUACCAUGAGCCGUCCCCACACGUCGGGACAUGUAUGAUAUAGGGGGGAGCUUUCACGACGAAUACAAUACCCAAUAUUUUCGCAAUUCCAAUAUCU